CCACCAUGUUCGCCACCAUCCGCCCCGCUGCCCUCUCUGGCGUCCGCGCCUUCUCGACCUCGCGCGUCGCCGCCCGCGACAUUGCCAAGAUGACGCUCGUCGGCCGCAUUGGCGCCAACCCCGAGCUGCGCGACGGCAAGAACGGCCAGCAGUACCUCACCUACAAGGUCGCCACCACCGACAAGGGCCGCGCGCCGAAGGAGGGCGAGGAGUACCAGAAGCCGCCCACGUCGUGGCACACCAUCUUUGCGCACGGCCAGGCCGCCGAGCGCCUCCAGUUCCUCGAGAAGGGCAUGCAGGUGUACGUCGAGGCCGACUUCUCGGUCAAGAACGUCCGCGACGAGACGACGGGCCAGUACAACACCCAGGUCCUCGCCACGCACGACCGCCUCGUCGUCCUCAAGAAGCCGUCGCCCCGCGAGGAGACCGCCGAGGAGCAGCAGCAGUAAAGCCUCUGGCCCUCUCUGCCUUCGUCUCGAGCCGCAUCCCCCGUCGUUUCUUCGCCUUUCUCUCGCGCCCCCCUUUGCGUUGCUCCGGCGACCACAUCCACCUUUUCCCCUCUCUCGCUUUGCAGCUAGAGCAGUCACCACUCCCCUCCCGUCGCACUCUCUGUCCCCUCGUCUUGGCCCGGUCGCGCGCGGCGGUUGUACUUUGUCGGAACCUUAGCCCGGUCCCCUCUUUUGCAGUAGCAGUUCUCUGUCGAACUCGCUGCACGAAUGCAACCCUCUCCACUCUGUC